AUGCAAAUGAACCAACGGUCCCCGCAGCGCCGAGGUGCGCAGGCGCAAGUCGCCGCCGGGGCGGCUGGGCAGCCGCCAACAGCCUGUGGGAAUCUGCCGCGCACGCGCAAGGCGUCGCUGGGGGGGGCCUCCCGCGCAAGCGCGCCGCCCUUCCGUCGGGACGAAAAUGUUCGUAGCCCGGGGGCAGUGGCCGCGGCUGUCAGCCUAGAAAAGGCAGCAGAGACGCCACCGCUGCGCAUCAGUCGCCCUGGGUCACCCCGGGAGCCGUCCACGGCCUUGAGGCGGACGCGGGGCGGCGCGGCGCGCCUGCGCGAGUACGGCGGCCGGCAGGGGCCAGGCGCUGCCGUGCAGCCGUGCGUGCCGCCCGCGCCCCACGUGGCCACAGAGACCCGUCGUGACAACCCCUUGAUGUCCAUCUCCCCACCCCCAGGGGUUGAUCUGAGCAACAUCGUGAAGACAGCACCCAGAGUCUCUGCCGAUGGACCCCAGGAACCAGAGCAUCACGUCCUGCAGGCCCUGGAUGCCCUGCGGGAGGCUGGGGCCCACUCCCAGCCCCAAGAGAUGGCGCUGCUCCUGGCCAGCUUCCGAGAUCAGUGCCAGCAACAUAAGUCCUGCCGCUUCCUGGCUGCCCAGAAGGGGGCCUACCCCGUGCUGCUUGCUGCCUGGCAACUGGCCUCAGCCAGCAAGCCUGCCCUCCUGCUCCAAGUGCUGGACACCCUGGCAGCACUGAUGGAUGGCCAGCCUGACCUUCUGGAUGCCCAGGGCUUGCAGCUGCUAGUGGCCACGCUGACCCGGGGCGCUGGCACGGCCGACCUCACCUGUGCUGCUCUCCGCCUGGUCCGCCAUGCCUGCCUGAAACACGAGCAGAACCGGCAGGCCCUGGUCAAGGCCGGCGUGCUGCCUCUGCUGACCGGCGCCAUCACGCAGCACGGCCGCUGCGCCGACGUCGUCCGGGAGGCCUGUGGGGCACUCCGUGUCAUGACCUUCGACGAUGACAUCCGUGUGCCCUUUGGCCAGGCCCACGCCCAUGCCAGGAUGAUUGUGCAGGAGAAUGGAGGCCUCAAGGUGCUGGUCCAGGCUGCCCAAGCGUUUCCUGACAACCCCGGCGUCCUGGGUGAGCUCUGCAGUACCCUGUCUCGCCUGGCCGUCCGCAAUGAGUUCUGCCAGGAGAUUGUGGACCUCGGGGGCCUGGGUGUCCUGGUAGCCCUGCUGGAUGAUGGCACCCACAACCAGGACCUCGUGAAGCAGGUGCUGAGCGCCAUGCGUGCCAUUGCGGGCAACGAUGACGUGAAGGAUGCCAUCGUCCAUGCUGGUGGAGCCGAGUCCAUUGUGGCAGCCAUGACCCGGCACCUGGCCAGCCCCCAGGUGUGUGAGCAGAGCUGUGCGGCCCUCUGCGUCCUGGCCCUACGCAAGCCGGCCCACAGCCGUGUCAUCGUGGAGGGAGGCGGGGCCCUGGCCGCGCUGGAGGCCAUGAAGGCCCACCCGAAGGAAGUCGGCGUGCAGAAACAGGCCUGCAUGCUGAUCCGCAACCUGGUGGCUCGCAGCCAGGCCUUCUCCCAGCCCAUCCUGGACCUGGGGGCCGAGGCGCUCAUCUCCCAGGCCCGCGCCGCUCACCGUGACUGCGAGGAUGUGGCCAAGGCCGCCCUGCGGGACCUGGGCUGUCGUGUGAACCUAUGUGAGCUGUGGACAGGCCAGAAGGGUGACUUGGCACUGUGACUCGCUCAACUGCUGGGACUUGGUGAGUAGGGGGCUGCAACAAGUGAGGCCACCCGGUGCUGAAUGCCACAGCCAGGCCAGAGGUGCAGCCGACAGCACAGCUGGGAGAAGUGCCCGGUUCUGGGUGCCCCACCCACUUUCCCAGCCUUUCUUCCCAGCAAGACUUGUACAGCGUGGUGGUCAGGAAGAGGCACCCAUUUC